CGAAACAACAGCAAUGCAUACAUGCAGAUGGAAAGUGGAUCUGCAUGCUCUCCUGGCCGGCCUAUAAAUACAGUUGGCUCCUAUAUGCUCUCCUUGCGCCAAGCAACUGACCCUACAUACAUACUCCAGCUUUAGACCCAUCGACCUUUACGUUCAGAAUUAAGAAGAAGCUAAAUAUAAGCUGGUACAUAGAAUGGCGGCAAUGCCGGCGGGGGCGGCGGUGUUCAAGGCCGGGCGGUUCCAGGUGGAGGUGCGGCACGUGAAGCAGCGCAGGGACCAUGAACUGCCCAAGCCAGUCAUGGUGUUGGCGCCGUCGGAGGCCGGCAGCUACCCCGUCCUACUCUUCCUCCAUGGCUUCCUGGUGCUUGGCGGCUGUUACCAGAAGCUCCUCACCCACGUAGCCUCCCAUGGAUUCAUCGCCGUCGCGCCACAGCUCUAUGGCAUAAUGUUCGACGUAAAUGACAUGAAGGACAUCGAAUCGACGAGUCAGAUCAUCAACUGGAUUGCUGGUGGUGGACUCGCGCACGUCCUCAAAGACAUCUUCAGACUUAAAGAUGUCAAGCCUGACCUAUCCAAGGUGGCUCUUGCCGGACACAGCAGAGGCGGCGACACGGCCUUCAGUGUCGCCCUAGGCCUGGGGGACGCCAAGACCAAGCUAGCGCUCAAGUUAUCUGCGCUCAUCGGUAUUGAGCCCGUGGCUGGGGCAUCAAAAGACCACCAGAUGGAACCAAAGGUCCUCACUUUCAAGCCCCAGUCUCUCGACGUGGGGAUGCCGGUCAUGGUCCUCGGGACUGGCAAGACCUGUCCAUGUGCCCCAGACCAUGUGAACCAUGCCGAGUUCUACGACGAGUGCAAGCCGCCUCGCUAUCACCUGGUGGUCAAGGACUACGGGCAUCUGGACAUGGUUGAUGAUCAUGUACUGAUGUUUUUCCAUAAUCUUGCAUGUCAAGCCAACUCCGACGACACCAAUGGCCUUGUUAGGAGGACCAUGGGAGGAGCCAUGGUCGCCUUCAUGAGGGCCACAAUGGAUCACAAGGAUGAAGAUCUGAAUGCUAUCCUUGCUGACAAGCAACUCGCCCCAGCAACACUGGAACCAGUUGAACAUAAUCCGUAAUAGUAUGAGAGUUAUAGUCAUAUAUGUGUGUAUCGUCCUCUACCUAAGGUGUUUCGGUAUAUGGCCCUGCCAUGACUCAUGAUGACUACUAUAUAUAGCUUGUCCUAAAUAAGCACACUCGUUUGUGCAUGGUUAUCAAUAUAUGUCGCAUAUGUAUAUGGAUUGAGUACUAUAUAUCCUAAAAUAUAUAAAUGGUUGCCCUUGAACGGAAGUGAACUUUGUUUUCACUCUUUUUUUUUCUCAAAAGGAAAAAUGGUCAAUAAAAUGGCAUGUUGUGAACACGGAAGUCACAUAUACUUCCUCCGUCCCAUAUUACAUAUUAACUGACUCAAAUUUGCCCAAAUAUGG